AUGUGGAAGGAAGUGAACACCAAAUACAUCAAAGCCUUCUCGAAGUUCGAUGUAUCCGGUCAAAAUUCCAACGACUUUUACGAGUUCUGCAAUGGAAGUUUGGUGGCUGCGUAUGUGAAGGUUUGCAUCAAGCAGAAGCCAGCGUUGGAGUCGUAUGUGAAAGGGGGCUCGACCCUCUCCAAUUUGAAGUAA